UCGCUGGGUGCUUUCGGGGCGGACCCACAAUACUGUACUCCGAUUGGGUACUGAAAACGAAACCGCUCUGACCAUACAGCCGGAGUCGCCGAUGUGAGAUGACCAGAAGUAAACUACAUGCUUGAAUAUAGUAUCUUUAACGUUGGCCUACUUCCUCAAACAUCCUGGCGCUACAAAAACAAUUUCUAAUGGCGAGUGUCUUCGUUCGGAGGUUCUUUCUGGCGUCCACUCACCUUACGUCCCCGCGUUCGAGGGGCUUGGUCCCGGCCAAGCGGGUUGAGGAGACGGCGUGGGCCAGACUUUUCUCCAGCGACCCCCCGGAAACAAUCAGCCGCUAUCCGGUGCCUCCCAAGAAAGACCUGCCGUAUGACAUCGUGGAGCUGAUGGAGGAAGUGGAGUCCAAGGGCGGCUUCCUUCCCAACGUGUUCAAAGUCCUCUCUCACAGACCUGCGGAGUUUCGAGCCUUCUUCUCCUACUACAAUGAACUUAUGAACAAGGAGACAGGCAGACUAACCAAGGCGGAUCGGGAGCUGAUCGUGGUGGCCACCAGCAUACACAACAAGUGUCUUUACUGCGUGGUGUCCCACGGCGCGCUGCACCGCAUCUACUCCAAGAACCCCACGCUCUCGGACCAGGUCGUCAUCAACUACGAGAACGCGGAGCUGCAACCCAGAGAGCGCGCCAUGCUGGACUUCGCCAUGGCCGUGUGCCGCGCCGACACCAUCACAGAGCAGCACUUCCGGUCACUAGAGGACGCGGGAUUUGACCGUGAGGACGCCUGGGACAUCGCCGCCAUCGCCGCCUUCUUCGCCAUGUCGAACCGACUCGCCCACCUCACCGACAUGCGACCCAAUGUGGAGUUUUAUAAGAUGGGGCGCGUACCGCGGGACAAGAGCAAGGAUGGUGGCGAGUGACGUGAUGGCCAAGAUUUUAUCACUCGGUGAAGCGAGGCCUUUGUUGUCGAAAUGUCAAUCAAUGUUCAAAUACUUAGUAUAUUUUACCUCCAAUAGUGGAAUAUUUGAAAUGAUUAUUUUUUGUCAUUAAUAAAGUCAUAGAAAGUUUGAAA